GCAAGGAACAGGUUUCCACUCACAGUCAGAAUUUAUCUGGAUUCGCGAUAGCCAGUGUGCAUCCGGGCAGAUUUUCAAGACACUUCUAAACUUUCUAAAUCAAUCAAUCCCAACUCUUUGAAACAUCAUUCAAGAUGGCUACUAGCGUCGUUCGUCAAAACUACCAUACCGACUCGGAGGCUUCCAUCAAUAAGCAAAUCAACAUGGAGUUGUACGCCAGCUACACGUACACUGCUAUGUACGCCUACUUCUCGCGAGAUGAUGUUGCGUUGCAUGGAUUUGCCAAGUUCUUCCGCAAGAACGCUGAUGAGGAGCGAGAUCACGCCUUCAAGCUCAUCGAGUACCAGAACAUGCGUGGUGGGCGUGUUGCCUUCCAAGACAUUGGCAAGCCCAACAAGGUUACUUACGAGAGUGCCUUGGAGGCCGUCCAAGCUGCUUUGACCUUGGAGAAGACUGUCAAUCAGUCUCUCUUGGAUCUGCACAAGAUGGCGGAUUCCCAUGGCGAUCCCCAAUUGACCGAUUUCCUCGAGGGCGAAUACUUGGAAGAACAAGUGGAAGCUAUCAAGGAGCUUGGCGAUUUGGUCACCAAGGUGAAACGUGCCGGGGACGGUAUUGGUAUUCAUAUCAUUGACAAAGAAAUGGGCCACGAAUAAAAGAGCGCACGGAUAUGCAUUUAUUGCGUCAAGCUA